UCCAUUCCUCAAACCGAAUAUUUCCUCUCGAAAACGAAGCUUCCGUCAGUUUGACGCGUUCUACGACACAAGAAUGCAAGUGUUUAUUACGUACCUCGAGUGAUCACUGUACAGUUUACCGCAUGCUUCGAUAGGUGUCACCACCUUAUGGAUUCGUCGACCGAAAAAGGCGAUCUCAGUUUUGCCCGUGUCCCGUGGGUGGUGUAAGUACGUGGAUCGAUCAAAAUUGAUCUCCCGCGAGCGAGGGAACGUAAUAAGCGGAACUUUGCGCGGGUGGUUUCCUUCUCGUGAAACGAUCGAGGGGCAAUAUUACUAAUUCUGUCGCUAGACGAAGAGGAAUAGCCUGUUGACCGAAACGUGCGAUUCUUCGUCGUCUCGAAGUUUAGCAGCACUCGUGAAAGUUCGCGUUUGCGCGAAUCCCGACGGUGGAAAACGUGACGCAGAGUGCGGAGUACGCUGGCGGCGGAGAAUAGAAAGUUUUCGCGCUCAACAGGACUCACGGGAUUCAAAGAGCGCGGUGGCCAGGGUGCCGCGAAACCGCCUGUUCGGGGCGAUCGGUAAAGAGAUAGAAGAGGACAGGGCUGACGUGCGGUCAGACUUUAUUCGACGGGAAUUAAUCCUCCCCGAUACCGUUAUGGAGACACUCGAGUCGAGUCGCGUGUGCCGUCUUUGCGGCAAACAAUCCGGUAUAUUAAUCAACAUCUUCGAUAAGAAUGAGGCGCACGAGAAGAAGAUCAACACGAUUCUACCGAUUAUGGUACACGAAAUGGACUUAUUGCCAAAGCACAUGUGCCACCGGUGCAGCUACAAACUGGAGGAGUUCCAUAAGUUCUACGUGGAUUGUUUGAAAACCGACGCGAGCCUCAAGAGUCAAUUGUCUUGGAUGCGAAAAGAGGACUCGAAGGAAACGAGCGGCGUACCGAUGGUGCACAUAGAAAACCUCAGAAUCAAGAUGAAACCACUGGAUUACGAUCUGUACGACGUGAAACCGAUAGUGAACGACGUCGGCUACAUGAACUCCUUGGGUUUCCCGGUAAACAGUGUCCCACGCAACGACGGUAUAACGUAUACGGCUUACGCACCCUGCGAUUAUUACUGUGAUAAAACGGACCAAAGUAAUCAAGCUAUAUCUACGAAUUUCGAGGAUGAUAUAGCGAAUUGUAGUAAAAUAAACGAGAUGACAGAAGACAAUUGCUGUACCUGUAUUCAUGAAUCGAACGCAAGAUCGAAUUUAUUCGAAACUCGAAUAAGGAUCAAGGAAGAAUACCUGGAAGACGAAGAUUUAAAUGGUACUCACGAUUUAAACACCUCGAGAAAAAAUUCGAAGGAUGCGAUCGUUCGUGGUUCGAAGAGUACGAUCGUUCGUAAUCUGAGGCCUAGAAAAAGUGUUAUAAAUUACAUGGAGACCAGAAUGUACAAAAGCAGAUCGAAGAACGUGGACGUCAAAGUAGAUAAACCGGCGUUGACGGAUAUCAAAGUAGAGAAGAUGGACAAUUUCGAGAGGGGUAUUGUACUCCGACCGAGGAACGGGACCAUCAAUUAUUUUCAACCAUCGCGGAAGUGCUCGACAUCACUGAAGAAGGAUCGAAGAUCCCGCGAGGUUCCAAACAUCGCGGGUACGCUAAAAAACAUAAAGAAAGAAGAACUGUCGGAUGCUGAAGAUAAAUCGGUGAUGCUUCUGUCGAAUGAAACACUACUUGCACUGCCCAAAGAUGUGAAUAUACGAACCGAUAGGAUUAGUUGUAGUACGUUUAAGUUAGGUCUUAGUUUGCGCAACGGGAAGAGUAAAUUGAACAGGUCCUCCUCGCCGAAAUAUUUAAGGAGUCAGGAUGUCCAUUUGAGGAAUGGUAAGAUUCGAAAACGCAAUGUCGAGGAAACUAAACUGGGGAGAAGCUUUCGAAAUCUCGCGGACAGGGGCAGAAAGCGAGUUAAAAAUCUGCUCCAAACGAUCGGAGACGUGCACGUAAAAAAGAUCAGAUUCAAUGUGAAACAUUAUUGCGAGGAGUGUAACAUGAGCUUCGUUAACACUGAGUUAUAUAGAUUGCACACGUGCUGUGGACACUAAUCUUUUUUUUUAUCGAAUUAGAGGUAUGAUUGUGCAAAUUUUUAACAUGCUAAAACAUUUAUUAUUUCUCUGGAUGAAGAUUUAUGUACGUACAGUUAUUCGUUUUAAAGUCUAAAGAAUUGUUACACCACGUAAUAACGCUUAAAAGUGGAACAUGGAUUGUCUUCAAAGUUUAAGUCGUCGUCGAGCAUCGAUGAUAAU